AUGGGACAAGUGCCAUUCAAAUUAGGGAAAAACAGCACCACUGCGCAGAGGCAGUUCAUCCACGGGGAAAACAGCAACGUGGACUUGACUCCCGAAGCGGAUGGAUCUGCCAGUAUGAGGCGCAUGCCGAUAAUGAAUAACACGACCAUCGACCUGACCAAAAUGCAGGGCUACUCCAAUGCAGAAUUGUACGCGGUCCUUGCUAUCCUUAGCUUGUUCUCUGUGCUCGGUACUGUCGGCAACGCGCUCGUUAUAUACGUCUUCGGGAGGCGCAAGGAGAAGCUGACGUCUACCGUGUUCAUUUUAACCUUGGCUGGAACAGAUUUUAUCACAUGCCUUGUUAUCGUUCCCUUCACGUUAGUCAUGGAAGCCAUUGACUUCAGAAUACAGUACGACUUUCCAUGCAAACUGUACAAGUUCCUUAUAACUUCUAAUGUGCCGUUUUCAGCCUUCAUCAUGGUGGCCAUCGCGGUGGAUAGAUACUUAUGCAUCUGCCACCCGUUCCUCCAUGCUAUGAAUAUUUUCAGAGCUAAGGUAAUCAUUGCAGCCUUAGCUCUUCUGGCCACUACCCUUGGCAUCAUAACUUCACUGGCUUUCGGUGUGCAGAUGUCGGAACCCGUGUAUAACAACGCAACAGAUCGCUGGGUGAAUCAAACCGUGGAGUGUGAUACAAAUGUAGAGAUCAUCAGCGAGGAGUUCCGGAUGACUUAUCAAAAGGUCUACGCGGCACUGUUUUUGACACCUCUCGUUAUUGUAGGCGUGCUAUAUGGAUUGAUCUACCGUUCAGUGCUCAUGCGCAGAGCGGCUCGGCUCAGACAGAAAUACGAUAAGGCGUCUGCAUGCGCUGAGCACUCGGUGGAAGAAACACAGAUGACGGUUCUUAAUGGGAACGGAAAUGGGGAAACUCACGAAAAUGGACUUACUGUAAAAGAGAAAAGGAAACGGAAAGCCUCGAAAAAAGACCGGAACCGGAUGGCUAAUAUGCGGACAGCCUGCAUGCUGUUUGUUGUCACUCUCGUCUUCGUGAUUUGUUUCCUGCCAGCUUGGUUAAUGGCCCAUAAAAUAGUGCCGUUCAGUCCUAUUAUCUUCUAUAUGUAUUUCAUGUACAAUGUGGCCAAUCCUAUCAUAUACGCCUUCAUGAAUCAGACGUUCCGGGACGAUUUGAGAUCCUUGUUCAAUUGCAAGACGACUGUGGUGUAAUCAGACAAUAUACUCUAAAGAGGGGACUAUUCUUUGCCGUGUCAGCACAGCCACCA